CAAUAGGGUAAGUUGAGAGAGAAGAAGAAGAAGAGAGCAACAAAACAAUGGCGUCAACAUCAGCAGUAUCAUUCUGGAGAGCUUCUGGAAUGACGUAUAUAACGUAUUCUAAUAUAUGCGCCAAUCUAGUAAGAAAAUGCUUAAAACAGCCACACAAGAGUGAAGCACUCGAGAGAGAGAAAAUGUAUUUCUCUCUCUCCAAGUGGACCGAUGGCAAGCCCCAGAAGCCCAAUCUGAUCUUGUUUCAUAACUUUCAACCGCGUGUUAUUGAUGGAAAUGAGACCCUCCGUUCGGACACACCACAAGACUGAUUUCUGGAUUGGGUUCUACUGUCGUGGGGUUUGUGGAUUGGGUUAUACUUGGACCAUUUUGGUUUUAACAUUUUAUUGCUUUUGUAAUAAUGUAACUUGCAUUAGUCUAAUGCAAUACUUUGCUUAUCUUUCUAAUGGAAAUCUAAACUCCCUACUUUUUAAGUGAA